AUGUGGGGUCUGGGCCAUGGAAUCUGUGAUGUUUCUGUGUUUCAGGGUCUGGCUGAUGAACUCGCUCUCAUUGACGCUGAUGCAGACAAACUGAAGGGAGAGACCCUGGAUCUUCUGCACGGCAGCCUUUUCUUCAACACUCCAAAAAUCGUCUCUGGGAAAGAUUACAGUGUCUCUGCCAACUCCAAAUUAGUUAUCAUCACAGCUGGCGCCAGGCAGAAGGUGGGAGAGUCGCGCCUUGACCUGGUCCAGCGCAAUGUUGUUAUCAUGAAAUCCAUCGUUCCUGGCAUAGUCCAAAACAGCCCCGACUGUAAAAUCCUGAUUGUCUCAAACCCAGUGGAUAUUUUGACUUACGUGGUAUGGAAGAUAAGUGGCCUCCCUGCGACUCGCAUAAUUGGGAGUGGCUGUAACCUAGACUCUGCCCGUUUCCGUUACCUGAUUGGAGAGAAGUUGGGUGUCCACCCUGUAAGUUGCCAUGGCUACGUUCUUGGUGAGCACGGCGACUCCAGCGUACCCGUGUGGAGUGGUGUGAACGUUGCUGGCGUACCUCUGAAGUCCCUGAACCCAGCAUUAGGAACUGACGCAGACCAGGAACAGUGGAAAAAGAUCCACAAUCAGGUGGUGGAAAGCGGCUAUGAGGUCCUUCGGCUGAAGGGCUAUACCUCCUGGGCUAUCGGGCUCUCUGUGACAGAUCUGACAGGAUCAAUACUGAAGAAUCUUAGGAAGGUGCAUCCAGUUUCCACACUGGCUAAGGGCUUGUACGGGAUCAAGGAGGAAAUCUUUCUCAGUGUUCCUUGUAUCCUGGGAAGAAAUGGCAUCACAGACAUUGUGAAAGUGAACCUGAACCCCGAGGAGGAGUCCCUGCUCAGGAAGAGUGCAGAAACGCUCUGGAAUGUCCAGAAGGACCUGGAGUUAUAGCUUCAGCAUUCGACAGUUUCACAGAUACAUGAUUA